CAAAUCAAACUGAACAGAGGCGAGAACAAUGGAAUAGUAAAGAAAUUCGUGUUCAUUAUAUUUAUUCCAGUGGUCCAAUGUCAGAAUUCAAACAAAGAUUGAAACAGUUAUGGAAAAAUCAUUAUGUGUAUCCUGGUUCGCCAUUAAACAAUGUAGCAUUAAAAAUUGGCACAAGAUCUAAUAAAUCUCUGCAGCAUUUAUUAGUGAAGAACAAACCACUAAAAUCUAUGCUAAUCGAUAUUAAUACCACAAAUACAUAA